CAAGCUGGCAUCACUGGUCGGUCAUAUGUCAUUAUCAUUUGAUUCUUUUGCGGCGAAGCUGAGUUAAAAACUUAUGUUAUAAAAAAUGUCGAUUUUAGCUAGCCCUUUAUCUGUAGCCGGUUCCAGAACAACUGGAAGUUCAGUUCGUACCCAAAAUGUUAUGGCUGCAUCUACAAUCGCAAAUAUAGUUAAAAGCUCCCUCGGGCCUGUCGGCUUGGAUAAAAUGUUGGUAGAUGACAUUGGAGAUGUUACAGUUACAAAUGAUGGAGCCACAAUCUUACGUUUAUUGGAAGUUGAACAUCCCGCUGCAAGAGUUUUAGUUGAAUUGGCUCAAUUACAAGAUGAAGAAGUUGGAGAUGGUACAACUUCUGUUGUAAUAAUUGCAGCAGAAUUGCUUAAAAAUGCCGAUGAAUUAGUGAAACAAAAAAUUCAUCCAACAUCGAUUAUAAGUGGUUACAGAUUGGCAUGUAAGGAAGCAUGCAGAUACAUUCAAGAUCAUUUAACAAUCCCCGUUGAAGAGUUGGGAAAAGAAUGUAUUGUUAAUGUUGCUAAAACUUCAAUGAGUUCAAAAAUUAUUGGAGCUGAUGCGGACUUUUUUGCACAAAUUGUAGUAGAUGCAGUGAAUGCAGUUAAAGUGAGCGAUGCUAGAGGUAAUAAUAUGUAUCCAAUAAAAGCUGUCAAUGUACUUAAGGCACACGGUAAAAGUGCAAGAGAAAGUUUUCUUGUUCCUGGUUAUGCCUUAAAUUGUACAGUAGCCAGUCAGGCAAUGCCGAAAAAAAUAGUAAAUGCUAAGAUUGCCUGCUUAGACUUCUCCUUACAGAAGGCCAAAAUGAAGAUGGGUGUACAAGUUUUGAUCACCGAUCCCAAUCAACUUGAAGCUAUACGUACUAGAGAACUGGAUAUUACCAAAGAACGUAUUCAGAAGAUCCUUUCGACUGGUGUCAAUGUUAUAUUAGUAUCUGGUGGUAUAGAUGAUUUAUGUUUGAAAUAUUUCAUUGAAAACGGAGCAAUGGGAGUCAGACGAGUUAAAAAAGUUGAUUUGAAAAGAAUUGCCAAAGCUACUGGUGCAACUUUUGUUACAUCACUUAGUAAUAUGGAAGGUGAAGAGAGUUUUGAUUCUAGUAUGGUAGGAGAAGCAGCGGAAGUUGUACAAGAAAGAAUCUCAGAUGACGAAUUGAUUAUUAUUAAAGGUCCAAAAGCCCGAACUGCAGCUUCAAUUAUUCUUCGUGGUCCGAAUGAUUUUUAUUGUGAUGAAAUGGAACGUUCAGUACAUGAUGCUUUAUGCGUCGUGAAACGCGUGCUGGAAUCUAAAAGUGUAGUAGUGGGUGGAGGUAGUGUAGAAGCAGCUCUAUCAAUAUACCUGGAAAAUUUCGCUACUACAUUGAGUUCAAGAGAACAGUUAGCCAUUGCUGAAUUCGCUAGAAGUUUAUUGGUUAUUCCUAAAACUUUGGCUGUUAACGCGGCACAGGAUGCUACCGAUCUAGUCGCUAAAUUGAGGGCCUACCAGAAUUCCAGUCAAACAAAAAAAGAUCAUGCUCAUUUGAAGUAUGUUGGACUAGAUCUUAUUGAAGGUACUGUUAGAGAUAACAGGAAAGCUGGUGUAUUAGAACCUACAAUGUCCAAAGUAAAAUCAUUAAAAUUUGCAACGGAGGCUGCAAUAACUAUAUUGAGAAUCGAUGACAUGAUCAAAUUGGACUCUGAACAAAAAGGUGGAAAGAACUACCAACAAGCAAUGGAAAGUGGAGAAUUAUACAACUGAAUACAUGUACUUUAAACGUAUUACUAAUUUAAAUAUUUUGAAAAGCUUAUAAUCAAUCGUUCGCAUUUUUUUUAAUAAAUCUUAACAACACU